AUGCAUGAACGGCGUUUCCUCGUUUCCUCCAUGGCGUCCCGUUCUGCUCAUGUCGCUCUUCUGGCGUGCAUUCUGAUUGCUACCAUUUCUGUAGCAACAGCAGACGUUCUGGUCCUCAACGACAACAACUACAAGAGCACGCUUGAGGAUAAGACCAAAGCUUAUUUCGUCAAAUAUUUCGCGCCAUGGUGCGGCCACUGCAAGCGUCUCGCUCCUACUUGGGAGGAGCUGUCUAACUCCGCUCCGGCGGAAGUGGUGGUUGCACACGUAGACUGCACCACCUCCACUAAAGUCUGCGAGGAGCAGGAGAUUCGUGGAUAUCCCACUCUGAAGCUCUUUGUGGGUGGCAAGUUCCGCGAGCACUACGAGGGUGAGCGUGACCUUGCAGCUCUCAAGUCGUUUGUGGAGGAUGUUGCAGAGGAUGUCAAAGACGCCCUGACGGAGUCAUCAUAG